AUGUCCAGCUCUGGCGCACCCGUGUCUGCCGCCGCAUCGAGCGCCGUGUCCAAGGUCGCCUCGGCGACGGCCUCGGCCUCCAAGGCCGCCGUCAAGAUCGACAAGGUCAAGCGCCUCGCCCACCGCACCACGGGCAUGACGUACCAGUGGUACAUUAUCACCGGGUGUGUGUUUGGCCUGGGCGUGUGGUACGCUGCCAGCCUGGUGCGCAGCUCGUACCUCCGCCGCAAGGGUGCCGCUGCUCGUGCAGCUGGAACCAGCAAGGAGUCGGCCGCUGCUGCCUCUGGCGGCGCCUCGGCAUCCAACGUCCCCCGUGCUCUCGGUGCCUGGUUCGACAACUACCGCAACAUCGCCGUCCUGCCGCUCUUCAUCUACAAGCGCUCGACCCUCAACGAGUGGUUCUUCACCAUUGCCUACACGGCCAUCGUGAUCGCUCUCGGUCUCCGCGCUUCGGGCAACCAGGGCACCUGGGACAUUGCCAACCCCAUGGGCAUGGUGGCUUUCGCCCAGAUGCCCUUCAUCGUCGGCCUUGCGUCCAAGAACAACGUCCUCUCCGCCCUCACCGGCAUCUCGUACGAAAAGUUCAACUACCUCCACCGCGCGGCUGGCCGUGUCUGCGUCCUCACCACCGCUCUGCACACCUUUGCGUGGGUCAAGAAGGGCCUCGGCACGCACGGCCCCGGUAACGAGGUGUUCACCACCGGGGUCAUCGCCGCCGUCGGCUUGCUCAUGAUGUUCCUCACCAGCUUCCAGCCCAUCCGCCAGCUGCUGUACGAGUUCUUCCUUCUCUGCCACAUCGCCUUUGGCCUCAUGUUCAUCAUCGCGGCGUACUACCACUGGCCUCCUUUCUCGUACUGGGUCUGGCCUUGCUUCAUCAUCUGGGGCCUCGACCGUUUUGCCAGUCUCGCCCGGAUGGUCGUUAUCAACAAGGCGUGGCUGCUGCCUUUCGCUUCCCGCCGGGCCGAGCACUCGGCGUGCAAGGUCGAGCUUGUCGACCCCAACGUCGUCCGCAUCACUGUCAACCGGCCCAUUCUGCGCUGGAUCCCCGGUCAGCACGCGUACGUCACCAUGCCCCAGGUCGCCAGCCUCCGCUACGAGCAGCACCCGUUCACGCUGGCCACCAUUCCCGACGAGUCGGGAGACGCCGUGUUCAUUGUGCGCGCGCAGACGGGCUUCACUCGCCGCCUCGUCAAUUCGCUCACCGCCGACGUGACCACCGACCUCAACGCCUACAUCGAGGGCCCCUACGGCACCACGCACAGGAUGAACCACUUUGACUCGGUCCUCCUCGUUGCCGGCGGCACCGGCAUCACGUUUGCCCUGUCCCACCUCCUCGACAUUAUCAAGCAUGGACGCGAGGGCAAGUCGGCUGUCGGACAGGUGCACCUCGUCUGGAACGUGCGCCAGGGUGCCAACGUCGCCUGGAUCGCGCCAUACGUCAACGCCGCUCUCGAGAAGGGAUCGGGCAACACCCGUGUCGUGAUCAGCGUCUACAUUACCCGCUCGCAUGCUAGCGACGAGCCCAACGCCGACUCGGUCGACGAGGCCGACACCGAGCCCAACGGCGUCGAGACGCCCGCGACUGGCUCCGACUCGUCGUCGGCCUCGGUGGACGAGAAGGACAAGGACCACUCGCACAAGUACCUCGAGGCCUCGGGCCUUUCAGCGCCCGCGGCUGCUGUCACCCGCUUCUACCACGGCCGCAGCCAUGUCGAGCACAUUGUGCGCUCCGACCUCGCCGCCUCGACCGCCGACGCCGCCGGCCUCGGUAUCGCCGUCUGCGGCCCUACCUCAUUGCUGCUCGACUCGCGUCGUGCAGUGUUCAAGGUCAACUCGGCCAGCGCGGUGCUCCAGGGCCAGAAGCCGCUGUCGCUCCACUGCCAGACCUUUGGUUGGUAG